AUGACCGUGCAAGAGUUCAAGCCUCGUGGCAGUGCUGCCGAGGAACAACAGCCGUCCGGUGAUAUUCUGUCACCGUCUAGCGAGCCACUGGACAACGACAAGGAACAGUCGGCCCAGGUCUGUUAUCGCGGUGCACCCCAGGAUAGCGAGAAUCUGUUGGGACGUGUUUUAGCCGGAAUUCCUGAUGAGACCCCAAAAUAUGUAGGAAUCCCAAACGAAACCCUAAAAUUAUGUAAGAUCAAGGUGGUUUUUGGGUGGUUUUGUGAGGUAUUAAACGCGAAAUUACUAUUAGUAAAUCUCUGA